CCUUGUGAUAGGCCGCUCCAAAGUCGAAAUGGGUGUCAUUCUCAGUGCUCAGUUCUCAGGCAAUCCUACCUUCUUGGAGAUGUUAAUAGAGCUGUCGAUUCAACCGUUGUGAUUGCUCGUUUUAAGGAGAAAUGUAGAAGCUGUCAUGCCAUGGAAUUGUAAGAGCGAAGAGAGUUGCUUUGUUUUGUCGAAAACAAAUCCAGAAAAAAGGAAGAGGAAUUCAAUGCAGCUCAUUCUUUCUCUUGCUUGUAGUUUAUUUGGCAUCUCGAGAACCGUCAGAUCAGAUCAUUUCUUCAAAACCCAGACUCGCAUUUGUUGAGAUCUGAUUCAAGGUUCCAGCUUUUAGAGCUUGUACCAGCUUCCCUUCGCUGCCUUUCUUUGUCUCUGGUAGAAAUCGAAAAGGACACGUGCACGAAGGAAAAAAUCAAAUGCUAUUGCAAUCCCUCCUCCUUCUUUCAUGAAACAGAGAAACUCAUUAACUAGGCAAACCCCUGCUGAGAUGGUGGAGCCGAGCAAUGCUGACUAUGUGGAAUUGGGAGAACGUUCUUCCCCCAAGCUAGAUAAGUACCAAAAGGUUUCUAUUAUACCUCUUGUGUUUUUGAUAUUCUAUGAGGUCUCUGGGGGCCCUUUUGGUGUUGAAGCUAGUGUCCAAGCAGCUGGUCCCCUUUUAGCUCUUCUUGGAUUUUUGCUGGUUCCAUUCAUAUGGAGUGUCCCGGAAGCGUUAAUAACAGCAGAAUUAGGUACAAUGUUCCCAGAGAAUGGUGGUUAUGUUGUCUGGGUUUCAUCAGCUUUGGGCCCUUUUUGGGGUUUCCAACAAGGCUGGAUGAAAUGGUUGAGUGGGGUUAUUGAUAAUGCUUUGUACCCGGUUUUAUUUCUGGACUACCUGAAAUCAGCCUUCCCUGCUUUGGAAGGAGGUCUGCCAAGGACAAUUGCAGUGUUGGUUUUGACUCUGGCUCUCACUUAUAUGAGCUACAGAGGUUUAACUCUAGUGGGUUGGGUGGCAAUCUUACUAGGGGUGUUUUCACUUCUCCCUUUUAUUUUCAUGGGAAUUGUGGCAAUUCCCGAACUGGAGCCUUCAAGGUGGCUUGUGACAGAUCUUGGUUAUAUAGACUGGGGUUUAUACAUGAAUACUCUCUUCUGGAAUCUAAACUAUUGGGACUCCAUUAGCACUCUCGCAGGAGAGGUGGAAAAUCCAAGUAAAACUCUUCCAAAAGCUCUUUUUUAUGCUGUUAUCUUAGUUGUUUUUGGAUACUUUUUCCCCAUUUUGAUUGGUACUGGGGCAAUUCCACUUGAUCGCGAGAUGUGGACUGAUGGAUAUUUCUCAGACAUUGCUAAAAUGCUUGGAGGUGUCUGGCUGCUAGCUUGGAUUCAAGCUGCAGCUGCUCUAUCAAACAUGGGAAUGUUCCUUGCUGAGAUGAGUAGCGAUUCCUUCCAGCUUGAGGGAAUGGCAACUCGAGGGAUGCUUCCUGAGUUCUUUGCAAAGAGGUCUCGCUAUGGAACCCCACUGGUUGGGAUUUUAUUCUCUGCAUCUGGUGUUUUACUACUGUCAUGGUUGAGCUUUCAAGAGAUUGUAGCUGCAGAGAACUUCUUAUACUGUUUUGGAAUGAUCAUGGAGUUCAUAGCAUUUGUGAAGCUAAGGAUAGGCCAUCCAGCAGAAUCAAGGCCAUUCAAGAUACCUGUCAGUACGGCUGGAGCAAUUUUAAUGUGUAUUCCCCCUACCUUACUAAUUCUUGUGGUUUUAGCCUUUGCUUCUUUGAAAGUCAUGUUAAUUAGCGUGGUAGCUGUGAUAAUCGGGCUUGUUCUUGAGCCUUGUCUAAGGUAUUCUGAGAAAAAGAGAUGGCUCAGAUUCUCCAUGAAUGCUGACAUCCAUGACUUUCACUCUGCCUAUCGGUAGUGUGGUGAAACAUGAUUAAGAAAUUGCCAUUUUCACUUUUCCAUUUUUCUGUG